UUUCUUCUCAGUCAUGGAGGGCAGAGAGAAGAGAGCGCUGCACUUCUUGAUCUUCGUUGUUUAUCUCGUGGUGUCACCUUCACCUUCUGCAGGUCUGCUCAGAUUAGCUGGAAAUGGGUCCACUCGGUGCUCUGGAAGGGUUGAAAUCUAUAAGUCUUACUAUAACUCCUACUCCUACUCCUACUCUUACCGUUACCGUUACACCUCCUGGGGAACAGUGUGUGAUGAUGGCUGGGACGUAAAAGAUGCUGAGGUGGUCUGUAGAGAGCUGAACUGUGGGAUAGCACUGGAGGCUCUUGGGUCUGCUUACUUUGGUCAAGGUACAGGGACUAUCAUGCUUGAUGAUGUGGACUGUUCAGGAAGUGAAACUUCUCUAGAUGAUUGUCGUCACAGAGGACUUAGGACACACGACUGUAGCCAUAGUGAAGACGCUGGUGUGGUCUGUUCAGAAACCCUCCCUGAGCCCACCAUCUCCUUGUACAGUAAUGAGGUCACCUGGGGUCAGGACGUCAGAAUCAAUUGCUCAGUCUCAGAUAAGCUCUCAGGUGGAACUUUUAUCCUCCAGAAGACUUCAGGCUCAUUCAGUCAGACUAAACCAUCCUCUACAAGCUCUGUUACAUUCAAUCUUCAAAAUGUGAACUUUGAUCAUGAUGGACUGUACCAGUGUCAGUACAUGAAAAUAAGUCGAAGGUUCAGCUCUUCUCCUGUCGGACUCACUGUUUUCUCCCCGUUCAGCAUCUCUUCAGCCCUGGCUAUGGUGAUGCUGGGGGCCAGAGGCAACACAGCCACACAGAUGUCAGAGGAAUUCUUAAUACAAAGCAAGAAACAUUACAGAGCAGAGCUGGAGUCUGUGGACUUCAAGACCAGGUCUGAAGAAGUCAGGAUUGAUGUCAACAACUGGGUGCAGCAACACACACCAGGUAACAUCACAGAGGUGGUAGAUGAAGAUGAUUUGAAUGAAUUGACCAGGCUGGUGUUGUUCACUGCCACCCACUUCAAAGGCAUCUGGAAUAAACAUUUCUCGUGGUCUGAAACUUAUGAUGCUCAAUUUUGGCUCAACAAGAAUGACUCAAAGUCUGUGAAGAUGAUGAAACAGGAAGAAGACUUUGCGUGUACCUUCAUCGAAGACGCAAACUGCAAGAUUCUAGAGAUGCCUUACUGUGGGAAAGAAGUGAGCAUGCUCAUCUUUUUACCUGCAGAGAUAGAGGAUGAUACAACAGGACUGGAGAAGCAUCCAGGCCAGAUGCAAACAUGUCAUAUUGAUGUGAGGCUGCCUCGAUUUACACUGGAGGAGACGUAUGACCUGAACACAGUCCUGAGCAGCAUGGGCAUGGUGGACGCCUUUGAUCACACAAAGUGUGACUUCUCUGGCAUGUCUGGGCGCAAAGAUCUCGUACUUUCAAAAGUCAUCCACAAGGCUUUUGUGAAGGUCCACGAGAAGGCAACUCAGGCUACUUUUGAAGUUAUGGGUUGGUGUGAGCUUCAGUCGGGCAAGAUAAGGCGGGCCACUUUAAAAUCCUUCAUCGCAGACCACCCCUUCCUCUUCUUCAUCAGACAUAACCCCACCAUGAACAUCCUGUUUGCUGGUCGGUUCUGCUGCCCUGUGUGAGCUCUGUGUCCUUAAGAGCAGCUCAGUACCAGAAGUCUUUAGUGUUUAGUUGGAGAACCUUUCAAAAUCACUGCACAACAGCGCUGUAUUCAUAUUAAUAUGCAGCUCUAUACUAUCCGUUUUUUCUGUGUUUUGUAUCUCAUAUUUUGUAUUUUCCUAUUUUCAAAACUUUCUCAUCUUUAAUGUUAUCUGUUCCGAUGUUUAUAUCAUACUCUUCAAAUGUCCCGUCUCCUGAUCAGAAAUUUAUCAAAGACUGUUUAGUGGCUGAAAUGAGACGAACUGCAUGACGUAUAAUUUAUGUUUGAAUCUUUAUUUCUCAUUGACCUCACACUGGCCAGUUAGGGACCACCAACAAGCCACAUGUGGCCCAGUUGCUAAAAACAAAAAAAAAGAAGGAAAAAAAAGAAAAGUAAAAUACGUCAUGUUCAUUCUUUCUGCUCUUACUGUCUUUCUUUAAUGACAGUGAAACGAAAUCACUAUAUUUAUUUAAACAUAAACGGGAUGGAGAUUUAUA